GGGCUCCCCGCCCCCCCUCCUUCCCCGCCGGGGAGGGCGGUGCUCAGGCCGAGGGAGCCGCGCGGACAAGAUGGCGGCGCCCAUGGAGCUGAGCUGCUGGGGGGGCGACUGGGGGCUGCCGUCCCUGCACCCGGAGUCGCUCACCGUCAUGGCUUACGCCAAAUUUUCUGGUGCUCCCCUGACAGUGAAUACUAUAAAUAACUCUUGGAGAGCUCCAAAAGGAGAUGUACCAGUCCUGAUAUCAGAAGACACUGUUGUUUCUCAGCCAGCAAAAAUACUAAACUUUUUAAGAAAGCAGAAAUAUAAUGCUGAUUAUCAGUUGUCUGCAAAACAAGGAGCGGAUACUCUGGCGUAUAUUGCACUACUUGAAGAGAAACUGCUUCCUGCCCUGUUGCACACUUUCUGGAUUGAGGCUGAAAAUUACUGCAGUGUGACAAAGCCAUGGUUUGCCUCAAGGAUUGCCUUCCCCCUGAGUUUGUAUCUGCCUGGAAAGAUGUCCAGGGAAGCACUGAACAGGAUCAUGCUAACCAGGGGAGGGCCUCCGCUCUUCAGUGUGACUGAAGUGGAAGCACAGAUAUACAGAGAUGCCAAGGAGUGCCUAAAUCUCCUGUCGAACAGAUUGGGAACAUCUCAGUUUUUCUUUGGAGAUACGCCUACCACCUUGGAUGCCUUUGUGUUUGGUUUUCUUGCACCAAUUUAUAAAGUGUGCUUCCCCAGAGUGCAAUUACAAGAGCAUUUGAAACAGCUUCCUAAUCUGUGUCGAUUCUGUGAUGAUAUUUUAAAUUGCUACUUCAGGUUAACUGUCUCAGGCCAUUCUCCGGCUGGACAGGAUACAGCAGAUGCUAAUCUGCGGAAACUCACACAGCUUGUAAAUAAGGAAUCCAACUUGAUUGAAAAGAUCCGGCUCUCAUUAUUUCUCUGCAGAUGGACGACAACCUUCGUAAGAGUCCUCAGCAUCCUCCUCGAAAGCUGACAACUCUCAAGCUUGCUGCAGGUGGAGAAGAAAGCAGUCCAUUGAAUCGUUUGUCACCUUGACAGGUUCUGUUGUCCAUACAUGUGUGUUUGCCUUCAACUCUUCUGAGCGCCACAGAACAUUUUUUUUUUUUUUUCACGAGUCUUGUUUUGCAAGGAAAGAAUCUGCUAACGGGUACAAGUAGGGAAGAAAUAUAGCUUUACGAUCUCCUGUCUGCUAAUUCUUUUAAGAAAUUGCAUAGUUCAGGAUGGGCACACACUAAGCUAAGGCUAAAAUAAACAAAAAGCUUGUUCCUGGAGAUGUUAAAGUAACUUUGUACAGCAUAUUUUUUAACUUUAGCCUAGCAGAAAUGUUGACCAAAAGUUAUAAUUCCACUUGUGGAAUAUUCACUUUUAUUUUACUUUGUGGCUUUUGAUUUUACUCUGUUCAUGUUACUGUAUGUUAGUGUGUAUACUCUUGUAUCUUUAUGAAAGUUACAAAUCCAGUUGCAAAAUUGUGAAAAGACUGGGGAAAAAAUGAGAUGUUGCCUUUCAUAGCAGCUGAGAAAUGAAAAAUAUUGAGAGGAAGUAUUUUCUUUAUUUUCAUGAGAACUCAUGGGUCUUGUGUUUUAAGGUUGUUCAUGUUUUUGAAAGCUUGUCAUGUUUUAUUUUAAGGGGGAUUGUGGAAAAGUGUGUGUAUUGUAGGUAGUACAACAAUGUGGGAUACCAAUAUUUCACAGGCACCUGGCCUUAGUUCUGUGUGAAACAGGCUUAACCUGUGUGCAGGGUAAUAUCAUAUGCUGCAAAACUGUUAAGUCAAAAUCACAGGGGACUGGUAGUGAGAUGAAGAGGAUUGAUAAGCUCCUGUCAGUUCAAGAGACAUGACUACAAAUAUACUGCAGUUCUCAGCUGGAAGGAACUGGUUAGAGUCCUAUAAGAAAGCUGAUGUAGGCUUUUACCUAUGGCACCUAUGCCUUUGAAUUGGUUUUAUCUUUUUUUUUUUAAUAAGCACUACAGGAUCUGAACAGGCUGGACCGCUGUGCUGAGACCAGUGGUAUGAGGUUUAACAAGGCCAAGUGCCAGGUAUUGCACUUGAGACACAACAACCCUAUGCAGUGCUACAGACCAGGGGAAGAGUGGCUAGAAAGCUGCCUGGAGGAGAAGGACCUGGAGGUGUUGGUUGACAGUUGGCUGAACGUGAGCCAGCAGUGUGCCCAGGUGGCCAAGGAGGCCAAUGGCAUCUUGGCUUGUAUCAGGAAUGGCGUGGCCAGCAGAACCAGGGAGGUUUUUCUGCCCCUGUACUUGGCACUGGUGAGGCCGCAAUUCGAACCCUGUGUUCAGAUCUGGACGCUCGCUACAAGAAGAAUGUUGAGGCUCUGGAGCGUGUCCAGAGAAGAGCAACAAAGCUGGUGAAGGGGCUGGAGAACAAGACUUAGGAGGAGCAGCUGAGGGAACUGGGGUUGUUUAGCCUUGAGAAGAGGAGGCUGAGGGGAGACAUUAUUGCUCUCUACAGCUACCUAAAAGGAGAUUGUAGAGAGGAGGGAGCUGGCCUCUUCUCCCAAGUGACAGGUGACAGGACAAGGGGAAAUGGCCUCAAGCUGCACCAGGGUAAGUUCAGAAUGGACAUCAGGAAAAAAAUUUUCACCAAUAGGGUCAUUGGGCAUGGGCAGAGGCUGCCUGGGAGGUGGUGGAGUCCCCAUCCAUGGAGUUUUAAUUUAAAAGAUGAGUAGACUAGGUACUCAAGGACAUGAUUUAAUGGUAGAUAGGAAUGGUUGGACUCGAUGAUCGAAGAGGUCUUUUCCAACCUAGUCAUUCUAUGAAUCUAUGAUUCAAAAAUUAAAUUAAAAUCUGUCCAAAUUUUUAUUGUUUGACAGUGUAGUUCAGAAUUCUUUUAUCUGUGCAGACUGUAAGACAUUGCAGUGCAUAUUUCUUCUGUUUAAUUACAGGACUUGGUUCUCAUUGCAUUUCUUUCAGCAGCAGCCUUGCCAGUUCUAGAGACUCAGGCAAUUCUAUUACAAGAGAGAUGAUGUAAUUUUCUACUGGCAACUUGCUGGCACAUGCUUCAUGAGUGCUUGUGAAGGAGAUUGGCCAAAGUGUCAGCACUUGGGGAUACAUAAUUCUAGUAGCUGUAUGUAUGGAAUGAGUGUUCUGUUUUUGUACCUUUUCUGCAAAUUGAAAUAAUCCUUCAGCCUCCCUUCAACUACUAGUCAUGUUUGAGACAUAAUAAGUUAUUUCCUAUUUAUAAAGACGAGACUGUAGAUUGUGUACAUACUGUACUUUCAGACUCAAUGUAAGGAAUGUAAUCUCUCUAACAUUUCUUAAUUAUAAAUGAAAUGUUUGGUUUCUAAUGAGCACUUUAAAAUAAUGUUUAAGCUUCAUGCUCUUACUACAGUAUUUGUUUCAGUGAUUUGAAAUUAAUCUAGGUUAUAUUCAUGAUAAUUGUAUGAAUUGACAGUCCACAACAUGUAAAAGUCAGUCAUAUGUUUAAAGUUUUUACUGCCUCUAUCUUGACAAAGUUUAAAUGAGAUCAAGUCACAUGGCUUUUUGAUGUUUGUAAACAUGGCUAUGGAGAAUAUGCCUUAGUUUGUUGCUUCUGUGAAGAGGUACACUAAAUCUUUAAGAUCACUUUGUUGAAAGGUCAUUGUUCCAAAAUUAAAAUUCUGGAUUUUUAGUGGAGUUUUGUUAGUGUUUUUUAUGGAGAUCACGUCAGAUUUUUUUUAACAUUUUUCCUUUUAAGGUUUGUAUUGUCUCUUAAAGCGAAAUAAAACCUGGUGGCU